AUGACAGACCGCCUCAAGUCCAUCGUCUCCCACAUGACGCCCUCGGCGAGCGGCAUCUCGGCCCUCACCACCAAGAACCCCGAUGAUGUUGUCAUCACCCUCGCCCUCCGAACCCCCCUCACCAAGGCGCACAAGGGCGGACUGAAAGACACGACGCUCGAUGGCAUAAUGGUCAAGACACUCAAGCAGGUCGUCGCAAAGUCGAACCUCGAUCCCGCCAUUGUAGAGGACAUCUGCGUCGGCAACGUCUCUGACGCAAAAGCCGCCUACUACAUCCGCGCCGCCAUGCUCGCCGCUGGCUUCCCCAACACCACAGCCGGAUCGUCCCUGAACCGCUUCUGCUCUUCGGGACUCAAGGCAGUACAAGACAUUGCCAACCAGAUCGCCGUCGGCAGCAUCGAGGUUGGUCUGGCCAUGGGCGCCGAGAGUAUGACAGCAGGUGGCGACAGGCUCGAGAGGCCCUUCGUGGACGAGGUGCUCGAGAACCAGGAGGCAUGUGACUGCAUGCAGCCCAUGGGUCAGACUUCAGAGAACGUCGGCAACGACUUCAACAUCUCGCGCGAGCGCCAGGACAAGUUCGCUGCCGAGUCAUACCGGAGAGCCGAGGUUGCGCAGAAGGCUGGCUGGUUCGACGAUGAGAUUGCGCCCAUCACAACCCAGCUCAAGGACCCCAAGACUGGCGAGAUCAAGACCGUCACCCUGACCAAGGACGAGGGCAUCCGAUACGGCACCACAUUCGAGAGCCUCCAGAAGGUCAAGCCUGCCUUCCUUCCCCACGGCGACAAGUCACACGCUGGAAACUCGUCGCAACUCACAGAUGGUGCCGCUGCCAUCCUCAUGAUGAAGCGCUCCACCGCCGAGAAGCUCGGCCAACCCAUCCUCGCAAAGUACGUCGGUGCCACCGUCGCCGGUCUCCCACCAAGGAUCAUGGGUAUCGGCCCAUCCAUCGCCAUCCCCAAGCUUCUCUCCAAGUUCAACAUCACCCUCGACGACAUCGACCUCAUCGAGAUCAACGAGGCUUUCGCGUCAAUGGCCGUGUACUGUCUCGAGACACUCAAGAUCGACCACAACAAGCUCAACGUAAGGGGAGGUGCUAUUGCGCUGGGUCACCCGCUUGGAUGCACUGGCGCCCGACAAAUCGUUACUGGUUUGAGCGAGUGCAGGAGGCAAAAGAAGAAGGUGCUGCUCACCAGUAUGUGCAUUGGUACUGGUAUGGGCAUGGCCGGUCUUUUCAUCAACGAGCAGAACGUUUAA